AUGUCCGUCACUCUACACACCAAUCUCGGUGACAUUAAGAUCGAGGUCUUCUGCGAGAGUGUCCCCAAGACCGCAGAGAACUUCCUUGCGCUAUGCGCCUCCGGCUUUUAUGAUGGCUCUGCCUUCCACCGCCUGAUCCCACAUUUUAUGGUCCAAACGGGGGCUCCUCCAUCACAACCAAAAGGCGGCUCCUCAAUCUGGGGAGAGCCCUUUGAGGACGAGAUCCGCCCAGCGCUUCGACAUAAUGCCCGAGGGAUCGUCAGCAUGGCGAACAAGGGUCCUGCGACGAAUGGAAGCCAGUUCUUCAUCUGCCUCGAUAAGGCACCGCAUCUGGAUGGCAAGAACACGGUAUUUGGACAUGUGAUUGGGGAUGACGGGUUGGCGACAUUGAGCAAAAUAGAGAGUGUCGAGGUGGAUAAGAAGAAUAGACCGAAGGAGGAACUCAAGAUAGAAUCGGUCACAAUUCAUGCGAAUCCUUUGGCUGGUUGA